GAGGAGGAGAGGGGCGGAUCAUUCCUGCUGGGAGGGGAGUACGACGAGGAGGAGUCAUCACACUCCUUCCAGGAGGCCCUAAGAGAGUGGAGGGGAAGGAGGAGAGAGGGAGGAGAGAGGAGACAGGGAGGUGAAGCUGUUUGGAGACCUGCGAAGGCCCAGCCAGGCUCAGUGGUGCGCGCGACCCAGGCUGAGCUGGGGGGGCCAGACAAAGUGGGCCUGACUGGGGUGGCUCCUAUAAGGGUGGAGUUCCAGCAGCACAGCCUCAGCUACCUGGACAGACUGCUGCUCAAGAAACACCGCAGAACACCAAUCGAAGCCUAUGAGCCGCUUUACCCUCCAGCCCUUUCCUCAACUGACACGCACAGCGAGGGGGAGAUGACACACAGCCUGACAGCUGAGGAGGUGGAGUUGAGGCGCUACUAUGCAUCGCUGUUCUCUGUGGUGUCCAGUCCGCAGCCCGAGGUAGACCCACCUGGAGCGUGUCUGAGCAUUCAGGAACUGGAUGAGACUCUUGGAGACGGUGUGGGUAAGGAGGUCUUUGUUGCUGAAGAGGAGGAAGACAAGCACACACAGUUUACUCUUCCUCCACUGGUCUUGAAGGAAGGUACCACUCAUCCCCCACAACUUGAACUCAAUGCAACACAGUCACUCCAACCCAUCCACUCAACCCCACAGUCACCCCAAGCCAUCCACUCAACCCCACGGUCUCCCCAAAACAUCCACUCAACACCAUGGUCACCCCAAGCACCCAGCCAGCCUACAGCACGGUUAAAACCCAAAGCGAGAGCGUCAGCAGUUCAGCUGUUACCACUACUGGGCGGCUCUCCAAGGAAACCGAAGACAUCCACCGAGACUCCACCCCCUGAGAUCCCCUCCGGCGCCCACCAGACGAGCCUGCUCCUCACAUCUCCAGGACUCCACUCCUCCGUCUCCUCACGCCAUUCCGACUCACCAUCCAUCUCUCCCUCCUCCUCUAACAACCUCCCCCCGUUCGCUGUCUCCUCCUCAUCUCCCCCCUCCCCCGCCCUGGCCUCCUCCCUGAGGUCAACCUUCACCUUCGCCCCUCCCAGCUCCCCGGCCCCCAAACGCUCGUCUCCGCUACCCAAAGGCUCCCGCUCCUCCCGGAUCAUACACCCCCCUCCCUCGGAGCUUCGUUCCCUCCCGGAUCGCGCACCUCCACCCUUCACGCCUUCCAAGCUGACCAGGCUGAAUGCAAACACUCCACAGUCACCUCCACCGUCACCUCCAGAUAGUUUGUCAUCAUUGAGGGCCAUGUCCACUCCAUUUAGGCACCUCCUUCUUUCUCCCAGCCCUUCCCUCUCUUCCUGUAGUCUUCCUGAGUGCACCCCUUCACCUCAGGACACACGGUGUAUAGUGUCUCCUCCACCUUCCCCCAGUCUCAACCUUUCCUCACCCAACCAGUUGUCCUUCAGGCUACAGUCACCAUCACCCUCCCUGUCAGGGUCAGAGGUCAAGCAGGAGAAAGUCCCUGAGACCUCCACAAGAAUAGGGUCAACACUCAUGCUGAUGUCAGACUCGGAGGAUGAAACAUCCAGCCACACCCUGGGGAUGACCCCCAGUGAGGAAGACUCCUCUUACGAGGAGGAGAUUAAGGCUUUGCGUGUUCUGGCUCAGAGUGUGGGGACCGGAUCAGAACGGUUCUGUGGUCUGGAAGGGUUCUUGACUCUGGGUCUGGACUUUGGUUCUGCCCAACCAAGCCCAAGCCUAGUACCUACACACACUGACCAGGACACACACCACAAUGCACACAGCCCGUUGGACCCACUCAGCACAGGGUCAGAUAGCUGGAGGCCCAGUAGCAGUUUAAGAGGCUACACUGAGGAUCACCUGUUCGGCAUGGUAAUGACCGACAGGCCCAGCCAGCCAAUCCAAUAUUGCGUAGCCACACCCACCAGGAGACAAGCUGUGUCAGCACGUGGACACCGUGGUGGGAUUGGUGGAGCCACGCCCAGGCCAGCCAGCUCCUUCUCUCGCUCGGGGUCUGCCCCCCCCCUUCGCCCCCCCCUUCGCCCCCUGUCCCGGGCGGCGCGGGAGAUCCAGGAGAUCAGUGGUGUGGAUGAGGAGGACUGGGGAGACCCCAAGCUGCUGGAUGAGGAUGCUGACUCGCUGGCUCUCAGCCGCCUGGAGGACGAGUUCAGACGCAUGGCUCCAGAACCAGGUCAGCCAACAUGGGUCCAGGAGAUCAAGGACGCAUCACUUCCUGGGGGAGGAUUUACAUUUGAGGGGCGGCACAAGAAAGGGGGUCCUGACAGGGCUGUGGUCAGUGAAUAUCAAUCAGACGAAGAAGCAGAGAUUAGGGACCAGUUGAGAGACCAGCAGAGUGUCCUGUCAUUACCCUAACACACACACUAUAGAACGCAGCAGCAUUCCUGUUUUAUAAAGUGUGUUUCUGACGAUAAAUUGUUUAUACUCUAAAACACAGAUUUGAUGUCAAUACAACUGCACUGAGUGAAUAUGAAUGUGAUUCAUUAUUUUGGAAUGCAAUGCCGGCCGUGCUAAUUUGUUGU